GCCAUUCAGCCAGUCACUGUUCAGCCAACGCACAGUAAACAUACGCGACGCGAUCGCGAAUCAACCUUCCCGCGUCCAAUUCGAAUUUCAAAUCGCGAAUUUAAAAAUUCAUACGUUCCAUUUCCUGCCUCAUUAUCAAUAGUAUAAACAUGCCUAAAAAGAAAUAAAAUAUUAGCUGAAGGUUUUUAAUUUAUUUUAAAUUUGUGAAAACAAACUGUGAAAUAGUGCUGGUGACAUUGCGGCUCGUAUAGUGCUGACUGCAUCUGUGAUAGUCGUUGUGAAACUUUCCUUUUUUAAGGUGUUGUUAAACUUUUUUUAACAAUUCGUUAAGUUUCGUGAAAUUACAUUUCGCGAAACGCUGUAACAGACAGUCUUUAUGAUAGGUCCAUAUAUGAAGUGUCAACAUUUUUACCCCAAACAUUAUGAUUUACAAAUGGAUAUUAUGAUAAGAGUGAAGUGUUGUCAAGAAACUAAAAAUCCAAAGUGACGAAGUGGUGUGGUGUCUGUUCUGCUGCGUUCCGUUGCUUUUGUUCCUUAAUUUUAUAUAAUCUCUCCGCAAAAUGUCUGACAAGACGACGUCGUCUGUUGGCCCUAGAAGCUUUGAAACGAUCUCAGAGGAGGACGGUGAGUCGCCGUGGGAGAAGCUCUUGGGAGAUGUGAAUUCUGCUGUUCCUACUAUAAUCAAAACGAAUGCGUCAACUGCUACAAUAUCCAAAAGCGGUGAUGAAGUUGCUCUUCCUCCGGGAAUCGAUUUAGAAGCUAACAAGUUAACGCGUUCAAAAAGUCUUAAUCAACGAAGAAACAGCAGUGGUCUUCUUAGUACAAUUCCUCGGCAACUGCGACUCUCUCUCAGAGGUGUGCGUAGUGAACCUUCCAGUGUCAAAGACGUUCCAACUACUAGAAACGAUAGUGCUCUCAAUCUUCUUCUUCGAUACCGUAAUGCACGAUAUGCAGCGAGACGUGUUCGCAAGCGCGUCAUCUUCAAGCAUGGAGACUGCAACGUCGUCCAAUGGAACGUAGCCAAACGCAGGCGCCGAUACCUCCAGGACAUAUUUACUACCCUUGUGGACGUGCAAUGGCGCUGGACGCUACUCGUGUUCGCUCUCUCUUUUAUCCUCUCUUGGCUGCUCUUUGCCCUUAUCUGGUGGCUUAUCAUUUUCACCCACGGCGAUCUCAACCCUCCCUCAGAUUCUUCCGAACCCUUUGUUCCAUGCCUUCAAAACGUCAAUUCUUUCACCGGUUGCUUUCUCUUCUCGGUUGAAACGCAACAUACUAUUGGAUAUGGAUCUCGAACUACAAAUGAAGAAUGUCCCGAAGCAAUAUUUGUCAUGUGCCUUCAAAGUAUUGUCGGUGUUUUCAUUCAAGCUUUUAUGGUGGGAAUAGUAUUUGCUAAAAUGUCUAGACCCAAAAAGCGAGCUCAGACCCUGCUUUAUUCCCGGAAUGCUGUAAUAUGCCUACGAGAUGGCCAACUGUGUCUUAUGUUCCGCGUUGGUGACAUGAGGAAAUCCCAUAUAGUUGAAGCACAUAUAAGAGCGCAAAUAAUUCGACGCAAGAUCACAAGAGAAGGGGAGUUAUUGCCAUUUUACCAACAGGAGCUUAAGGUUGGGGCUGAUGGGGAGGAGGAUCGGCUUAUGUUCAUCUGGCCGAUGACCAUAGUGCACAAGAUUAAUGAAAAGUCACCGUUAUAUAACUUGUCGGCGUCGGAUAUGUUGAGAGAGAGAUUCGAAAUUGUUGUUAUGUUAGAGGGUGUCAUAGAGUCAACGGGUAUGACAACACAGGCAAGAAGCAGUUACUUACCAUCCGAGGUCCAAUGGGGUCAUCGAUUUGAAACCAUGGUGUCAUUCCGAAAAGAUACAGGAGAAUAUGAGGUGGAUUACACAAGAUUUAACAAUACAUACGAGGUAGAUACACCGCUCUGUUCCGCAAAACAACUUGACGAGUUGCGAGCCACGGUUUCCACUUCGCAGAAAUUAGACCGUAUGCUAGGCACAAUUCCAAAGACAUUCUCCAAUGAUACACUAGAUAUGAGCUCUGUUGACUCAAUGUCUUUGGAUGAGCACAUUGAAAUCAAGAUCCCUGAAGCAAGGGUCAGGGAAAACAGGCUCAUGGCUCAAAACAACUUCGUUCAGCACAUCAACGAAAAGUCAAGAAACGCAAGUCAUACACAUUUAGCAGUUGAAAAUGGUCUAGAGAUAUUUAAUAAUAAUCCACCACAUGGCAUGACCGAUACGAGGGACAAAGAACACGGGCAUAUGCACAGAAGUCACAGUCACGCCAGUAUGAAGAAAGCUCAUGGACUCACUCCAAAUGGUAUAAACCAUGCGGGAAAUGGCCAUGACCAUCAUAAAAUUAACAAAUCACCAAGCGAAAAUCACAUAGAAAAGAAUUCAACUGCUCCAGUCAUUCCCAUCCUCGUGACGUCCGCUGACACCGACGCUUGACGUGCACACCAUCCCGAAGGCCACUCCGCCAGAGGGAGGAAACCACACGUCCGGUUCAGUUGAAGUAGAUGAUAUGCACGCCAUAGAAAUGUGAAGUUUUAAUAAAAUUUCGUAAAAGCUAGGCUAAGAAUGGUCUAAUAUCCUUACAUCAUGUUAAAUUUAAUAUGUCUCUCUUCUUCAGUGCUAUAACUUGUUAGAAUGAAUUAUUAUCAUAAUUGGAGAAAUAGUAUGAAUAAUUUCACAAAGUAAAAUUUAGAUUAAUAUGUUUGUGUACUUUGUGAAAUUGUCCAUAUCUCCAUUAUAUAUUACAAUUAAUUAAAAGGCUGAUCGUUUUUAAGGAUAUUAUUUUUCUAAUCGGUCAAAAGCAAUUCUUCUGAUCAUGAAAUGAUAUGACAUAAAAUUUAUGGAGGUUAGUAUAAAGUAUUAAAAUUUUGAUUAACCAACCUCAACAUAGCUGAUCAUUAGUAAUUUAAAGUAAAAAACGUGCCAAAUUUUACGAGUCUGAUACUCGUCGAUGAGUCAAGAUUUUAGCUGUAAUUUUAUGUCUCACGAAUUUAUCUCUCAGGUAUUUGCAAUGUUCGUCACACGUUCCGUUCCUUUUCAUUAUAGCACUUGAACUGAAAUACAUUAGUAUUGUUAUUGUCUACUUCAAUAAUAUCGUAAUAAAGCGUCUUAGGUACUUAGGCCAAGUAUUUAUUUAGACUAAACUAGCAAAAUAAAAAAAAAAAUGGGUGUUCAAUAAUCUAUCAGCUUUAAUAUUUUGGAUCCAAACUUGACACCCUCUCUUAGUAUGUAAGAUUUAUACUUUAGCUGUCUCAUAAAUAAGAAAAUAGCACCUAUACAUUAUGACUUACGCUUAGGUUAAAUUCAAAAAUUAUAAUAUAAUGUUUGUAUUAGAUUAAGAGUAAGCCUAUAUUUGUAAUGUGUACUUAUUUUAUUAUUGAGACCGUAUAAGUAUUUCUAUCAAAAGUCAAACUAGAGAUAGAAAAUUUUCCAUUUUAAAGUUCAAUGCCGUUUAAAGGUUAACUUUAAUCUAAAAGGCCGUGACUAAACCGAAUUUCCUUAUAACAAUAUAGUCAAACAUACGGCCCCUGUUAUAUUUAAAAUUUAUUAAUACCAAAUGUCGUACCAGUUAUGUAUUGGAUUUGAUGUAGUGAAUCGUAUACGUCUCAAACAAUUUAUAGGUGGAUUUGAUCCAAAUAUAUUUUAUGAAAAAUUAUAUCAAGCUACGUAAAUUGUUGUAAAUGUACAAAAUAUACUUAGCUAUUUUAUAUGGAAAUUUAGUAGAAUUUAAAGAUGCUUUCACACAGCAAGAAAUGGCAAACAAAAGGCAAUAAGAAAGUGGACUUUCAUAUUGCUUUGUCGGAUGUAUUUUCUGCAGUUUUGAAGUAACAUAAAUUAUAAUAUUUUCGUAUUCAACCUAUCGAUCAAACAUUAAAAUUAAUGACUGUAGAAGAUAUGCCCGCGUGAAACGGUGCGUAGAAUGUUGACUGCAUUUCCGCGCUGAACAGCCAGGCUGAUGCAUUGCGCAAAAAACUGAGCCAGCCCUUCAAUCACCAGAUGCGGCAAUCAAACGCAGUGUUAUGUCUCGCAAGAUUAUUUUUGCACUUGACUCCAUGGCCCUUAGGGUCUCCACGGCAAACGAUACAAAUAUGUUAAUCGCAGACAGGCAUGCUUACGCCUAGAUACUUUAUCAUAUCCAAUUUAUAAUAUCAAAUAAUCAUGAUAUUAAUUCGCCCAGUUGCUGCAACAAAUUUUUAUCUUCCUAAAAGUCAUGGUUUUAUUACACUUUUUACUUUUUAAGUCAUUUGUUGUAUAAUAUGAAAAAAAUUAGUCUAUUUCUGGCCCUAAUUUAACUUACUUUCAAAUUCAAUUACAUUGAUUUAAAAGUAAACUCAUAGAGAACUACUACAGAAUUUUUAUUACCAAUUUGUGUACGUUUUCUGAAAACUUUGUUGCAGAUAAUGAACGAAUUGAAUCAUCCAAUUAAUCAAUCGCUUCUAAAAGUUUUUUUUUUAUUUAAUCUUGUCCCAAUUUAUUGAAUUAAAUUUAAAACCUUGUCCUACUUUAUUAUCUUAAGUCAGCGUGCAGGAAAUGUACUCAAUAAUUCAGAGUCAAUAAGGUCAAGGAUCAUUCUUGUCGUGUAAUAGGCCCUUAAGAAUAUAGAAGUAAUCCAUUGCGUUCCUUUUUGAGGCAUAGUCAUAUAAAGUACUUAUUUAUAAAUAGUUAAUUUUAAACUCUUUCUAUUUUCCUCACAAAAUCUCGCGUUAUUUUAUGUAGGUAACUAAUUUAACUUUUAAGUAUUAGUUUUACUAAUGCUUUAAUUUUUUUAAUUAAGGAUUAUCAGCAUGUUUUAUUUCACAGGAAAAAUUAGGAUUUUGCACAGCUUUUAAUUUUAUCUAGUCUAGACUUCUAGAGUGGAAAAAAAUCAAAUAGGUAGUGAUGAUAAUGGUAGACGUUUUGUUUAUAGACACACAACCCUCGUUCGCCCAAGGCAUUUGCAAAUUUAUUGCACAGGCACGUUUGCAACAUACGUUCUCCAUGAGUUACUUUACAAAUUUUAUUAAUUUUUGUGUUCCCAAUGUAGACACGUAGUGUCGGGUAUUCAAAAUAGUAAGAUUUGAUGUGACUCACUCUGUGACAUGUUGCAUAUGUGUUCCCAGCUUUAUACACACGUCAGAACCUACUCUAUGUGUUCUUUAUUUUAAACUCGUGCGAACGAAGGCACAUAAUAAUAUAUUCCGUGGUUUAUUUUAUUGAAUUAUCUGCCGAAACGAAAAUUAAAAAAACUAAUUGGAUGGGACUGAUAAAAUAAUAAUCAAAGAUUUAAAUUAUUAUGCUAUUUAUUUUUAAUUAAGUACGUUACAUUCUGUUUUUUUUUCGCUUAGUUUAAGCCAUUUUGUAAUCAUUUUUAAUACCCUGGAGUGUUAAUAUACAACAAAAAUGUUUAUAUAUUAAAAUCACCAUAAAAAGACACAAAUCAAUUUUUUUGAUAAUAUCAUAGUAUAUAACUUUAUGGUUUCUUAUAAUAUUCUCGAUAAUACAGGUAAUUUUAAUUUAUUAGUAUAUAUUUUGUAUGUUACACAGCCGGUAAUGUCAGGUUUAUUUUUCUGUUACAAACGGUUCUCGGAAUUUUAUUCUUAUAUCUGGAUAUUAGUAUUUUAGUGAAUACGUGGCUUAGCAGAUUUAUGACUCAAAUAUUUGUAACGUCUAUGAUAAUUUUGCACUAUUUGAAUUCAUUGAAUACUUUUAAUUUUUUUUGAAUUUUAAAUACUUUGAGGAAAAUAGUUACAAACUACAAACAAAGCAUCAAAAUAACGCUACUAUUAUAGUUUUUAAUUGUCUGAGGCGUCCACGUUUGUAUAAUUGCUGUAUCAAAAACACCCAUGUAAGUUUCUAUGGGCAUUGACCAGGGUAGCAUAAAAGACAUAUAUAGUAAAGCUAAAAACAAUACUAGUAAAUAAAUAACACGUUUGGGUUACCAGUACUUCAGUCCAAAUCAGUUAGUAUGACGGCCGAUUGGCGCAGUGGCAGCGACCCUGCUUUCUGAGUUUAAGGCCGUAGGUUCGAUUCCCACGACUGAAAAAUGUUUGUGUGAUGAACAUGAAUGAUU